AUGUCAAUAGCGCCCCACACGCUCUACCGCGUGUUUCAUAAGGAUCCGGUUGCACCCAACGAUCAGUUUCCUUUAGCGCUGAGUUCAUACCAUGCCAAGUCUGCCCCUACAGAUCUUCAUUUACGGGAAUUUUCCCAGCUUGAAGUUCACAUCAAGGCUUUGCAGCUACAAGCGACGAAUCCUACCGUCGUGACUGGGUCUCUGACCGAGUGUUUUCUAUUCUACUCGAGAUUAUUUACAGUCGAGUCAUUCGUGUGGCCAGAUUUCUUAACUGCUGUCUUUACUAAGCUCGCAGAAUAUUUUGCCUCGAGUGAAAACGAUAUUGCACGGAGUACAAUAUUACGAGUGUUUCAACGCGCCAAAGGGCAUUUGACACAAGUUAAUGAUCCAAGUAAGCUGUUGGUACAUCUUUUAAAGCCUUUGUUAGCAAAAAGCACUACAACACGAACAUUGACGCUACAGAUGCUGGCUACAAUGCCAUCGCUGGUUGUACAAGACACAAUUUUACACCAGCAGCUUUUAAAGGGAGUAUUGGCUGCUAAUCACCAGGAACGUCUUGCCGCAAUAGAUGCAGCUCGUAUGCUUCUGCCUCUAUUGCCUUCAUUUCGAAAUGAUGUGCUGAUGUUGAGUCUAGAAGAGAAGACGACAACGUUGUGCUGUUUAUUAGCCGAGGCAGUAGAGAAUCCCGUGGAGGCUCGAAAGAUGUGGAUACAUUGUGCAGAACAAUAUGAACGAUUCGCUGAUAAUAAAAGUGCGGUGGCUACAAUACGUGCAAUGACAACGAUGACAGCUGUAUACCCUCAAGAUUUACUGGAAAUGCACGGAAAGUUGCUGUAUCACGUACUGGAUCGAGAUCCGCGUGCAUAUGUGCGGAAUUUCAUCAUAUUAAUCACGCAGCAACUUAUUACAAGUACUUGUGUUGAAAUGGUACAUGAGUUACUUGCAAGUAUAUUAGAAGGAGUUUUUGCUCGCAUCAGUCAGAAUUCUUCUGGACUUAUGAGCCCGCGCAUUCAGUUGUCUGGACUAUUGUUGCUUGAAAAAUACGCAAAUAGUUUUGAAUUAGGCGAGAAAGCGAAAGAAUUUCUUCAGCUAGCCAACAAGUUACUCGCACAUGCUAUGGACGAACGAUUUGGAAAAGCGUAUACGUCUAUUCUUUCGAAUGUAGUGCGAAAGUUUUUACUUUUAGGCGAUACAAAGUCUCCAGAACAGGCAAUUGAUACGCUGCUGCUUUUGUUACAUCCGCAAGCCGCCAUUGCUACGAAAAGCACAUGGGGUUAUGCCUUGGCAGCGAUCGCUCAACUUUGCCAGAAUUUUCCCAAAGUUGUGCCACCAUAUGUAACCACAAGUUUGAUUGAGCUGUUAUCGAUUCCUAUAGAGAAUGCCUUGGACAAUGACAUCAAGUUAAUUAGGACCAGCGUCUUUCAGGUUCUUGGAGCUCAAUUCCAACCACCACCUUUUGACAUUAUCCAGAAGACGUUUCCAUUGUUGCUCAAAGAAAUUUCAGCUGUCGGCCAACCGGAUGCAGCACGAUUACAUGCUGUGGCCGCAACGUUUUUUUUAUGGACUCAAGACUUGGCGCCGCAAAAUUCGGAAGUUGACAAUGAAACAAACACUGUAAUUGUCGAUUUUGAACGACGCUUGAUUCAAUCAGAGCUAUACAAGUCUCAUGCGGAGCGAUAUGAGAUGGCAAAACUCGCCAUGUUGCGUGGACGCUUCACACUGGCUUUGCAGUUGAUACGUGAGAUUGCGGCAAAGAAUGAUACCGAGUGCUUUGGUGGCUGGUUACAUGCUCUUCAGAGUUUGUGUGAAGCGGAGUCCCAUAUUGUAAGCGAGCGAUCGGUACACAUGGAAAGUUUACAUGCACUAUCCCGUGCCAAUAUGUACUUGCAGGCAGCGCGUACAUCAAACUUUCGCUUUGAUUUUCAGCUGCACCUACUUACACUUCGAUUUGAGUGGGAGCAGCUUUUGCUAAGUACUCAACAACUUGCAGGCGAAGCUGCUUAUACAAACCAACCAGGACAUGCAGCUGGACGAGAAGGUCAAUUAUGUUUACACCUUCGUGCGCUUGCAGAUAAGUUUGGUGUAUUGCGUACUAUGUUACUCGGGGCCCCCCAGCAUGACUUAGUUGCCCUUCAAGUUCACGUGAACUUGUGUCUUGUACUUGCUGCAGGGGUGAAAAGUUUUCUUUUGCUCGAAUCGCCAGACUUGAUUACUCUUCAAACGAAAUUGGGAAAUUGUGCGAACAGUUUGCAGUGGAAUGCACGAAUCGUCGAGAUGUUAUGUGAAAGUAUACGUCUGAAAUCAAAUCAGAUUGCCAAGCUGUCGCGCUCCCGUCAACCAACUGUUGGGGCCCUAGUUCUGAAACAGCUCGUGAAUGCUUUGUGUGGUAUUCCAAUAGCUUUGCCUCGCCUCUUUUUUCGCUCAAGAUUACGUACAGAACAUCGUCUACGUUCAAGUGCACAGUUUUUGACGUAUGCUGAAAAUAAGACAUUUACGUCCAAGCCGCGCACACGGUCUCAACUUGGCGUACCUCUCGGUACUGAUUUCGUAAGUGUGUUGAAGGGUGUGCUAGCGCUAUCACAAUGUGCGCGAAGUUAUUGGCAAGAAUUAGCAUCAGCUAUAGAAGUUGAGGUGCUUGUGUGUGUGGCUGGUGAGACUAGAGGAAAGUCUUUGAUUGAUGAGUUGAUAAAUGGAGUAAAAGAGGAAAAGCUUGUGCAUUAUCGAAUGACCGUCACUUUACCUCUGAAGUGGGACCAAGUGGUUACGAAAGUAGCUGAAGAUGGAGAUGAUCAGACACAACUUUACGUACCAUUUGAAACGCCAGUGCAUGUCAAAUCAGCUCAAUUGGCUGUGAAAGGCUCGUUUGAGUUGAUAGCAAGGCUCAAGUUAGUCGACAACAAAGAUCAGAAAUGGCAUUUGGCUGCUACUGGUAGUCGCCGCGGCUUCAUUGUGUACUAA